CCAAGUUUAGCUUCCGCAAGUCUUUUUGUUCACAGAAUUGCUCAUAUAUUUAAACAAACCGAUGAGUCAUCCCCCUCUGCAUGUAUGACACGUGUCCCAUGUCAUUCAAUAUAACCGGCCCAAGUUUAGUGCUGUCUGUAUAUAUAAGUCCCAGACGACUCUAUCUACUUAGCUUGUUCAAAUAUAUAGUACAAUACAGUACGUAUCCGAGUCAGCAGACAGCAGUAGUAAUACUCCCAUUCUAUACUUGAUCAACCCGGCAAUUGAACUAGCUGCUAUUCUUAUCUUUACAGGAAUUGAUCGAGAUGGCGGAUAACGUUCCGUUUAGCUUUCACAGGCGCUUUUGUCCGGAGACUUGUUCAAGAACAAUGGAAAUCCCGAUAUCAUAUAUGAAUUCUGUGCGGAGGGAGUACCAGCAAAAAACUUUGCCAAAAGUUGUAUUACUUAGGGACUCAGACAUGAAUAUUUGGAGCGUGGAGAUAACACAAACUGAAGUUGGUGUUUACUUCAAAAAGGGUUGGGAAAAGCUUGUGGCUGACUACGGUUUAAAAAGUGGCCAUCAUUUGAUUUUUGAGUACGAUGGUAAAGGUCUUUUUGACUUUUUGUUAUUUGACGAAGAGUCAAAUGUGAAGAUCGCUGUUGCCAAAAGGGCGGGAAAAAAUAAAAGUGGGAAGGCACCGGAAACUCUUCCGGUGGAUUCAGGCAACAACGACAACGCUUCUAUAAUUCAAACAAUCAAGAAAGAAACUGACACGGAGGUUGGGGGUAAUGAUGGUGGUAAAGGGAAAGAUGAAGAGAAGGAGACGGUAUCAUCGGAUAUGGUCAAGGUUCCACAUUCAAAGAGGAGACGACAAAGGAGAGAUGGUUGUGCUGGGAAGAAAAAGUCCAAGGUGGAAAUUAAGGAUGUCCCGGACCAUUAUGGACUUGAUAUUUUCAAGUAUGGUCAUUAUACUCAACCAACAAACCCUUAUUUUGUGACAAGAAUCCAUCAAGGAAAGCGCAAUAACUUGUACAUACCAAUGGAUGUGCUACAGGAUAUCACAUUGCCUCCAUCUAUACUCUUGCGUGACCCGAGAGGAAAAGAAUGGAAAACGAAGACAAAGGUGUGGAGUGAUGGGCGAACAUGGCUGACCGGGGGUUGGAUGCAUCUAUGCCGACGGAAUCUCGUGGAAAUAAAUGAUAGGUUAGUUUGUGAGUUUUUGCCCCAGGAGGAGGGAGCGGACGUCGCGGUCUUGCAUGUCACCGCCAUCAUCCGAGAGUCUGCUUGACUUUUGAUGCUUUAUGUCUUAUGUUCUCUAUGCCUAGAUGACAAUUAGCUCUGUGUGUUUGAUGGUUCAAUUCCCUUUCUUAUUUCUAUAUAUUACUAUGACAUUGCUG